AUGAACGGCUCGCGUCCUAGCAGUGGUGCCAGUGGCCCGCUCGGCUUUGGCUUCAUGGGCGUCAAAUGGCCGAGGAUCUUCUUCCUCAUCACUCUCGUCCAGGCCAUAAUUUGUCUGGCAUUCGAGUGCUACGUCUUUUGGAAAUUCCAGACCGGCUUGACCGACCAGGACUCUACUACGCAAUCGAACGAAGCCAACAUCGACUCACCAAGGCGGACAAUCCCGACGUUCCUGACCCUUUUCAUCUUCGGCUUUUUGUACGAACUGGUUGUCGUCUGGGAUGCCUUGCGGGCCAAGAACACUAUUCAAGUCAUUGGCGUGUGCAUCGCCAACCUCGCAUUGAUGGUCUACACUGCCAUUCAAGUCGAACAGAUCGAAGAGGCCUUGGACCAGUUGAAGGUCAACCAGUCCCUCAAGAACCCUCAAGAUGACAUGUGGGCAGAUGUCAAGCCGUACUUGGUGGCCAUCCCUUGCAUCCUAGCCUUUGGUUCCAUUGCCAUGGGCUUCACUGCCUGGAAGCUGUACCAAGUCUUUGCCUGGGACAUUCUCAAGACGAUAGGAGCCGACUACAGGAUGAAGAAGCGUUUCCUACACUAUCAGAUUUAUAUCGCACUUCUGAAGUUCGAUUUCUUCUUUUUCCUUGGGUUCACCGUUCAGUUCUUGGUCAUUGUUACCCCCAAUACCGACGCCGAAUUCGGACUGACGAUAGCCGCGGUCCCCAUCACUAUCGCCAUUUUGCUUUUGGCAGCCUGGUUCACCAGAAUCGAAAACAAAGUCGGCAUGAGUACGGUUAUUGUUCUCUAUCUCGGCGGCCUGACCUACUUCAUAUACAAGCUCGUCCGCAUUUACCAGCCGCAAACAGAACAGCAGUACAAGGCGGUGCGUAAAUCGCUCACUGCCUUUGCUGUCAUCACCAUCCUCCUCAUCAUUUGCACCAUCGCCAACUGCAUUAUAUGCAUGCGCAACUUCGGAGCUGGUCUGAAGAACCACCUCCGCAAGCCGUCCCGGGACCUCGAGAAGAAUCCGGACUUGAAUUCUAUCAACCUGCAAGAUGUCAAACCGCAGAUUGCAAGCAGGAUGACGAUCGAUUAA